GGCAAGAUGGCGGCGAUGCGGGUGAUGCGGGGGAUGGUGAACGGCGCCGUCUCGGAGCUGAGCGGCGGAGGCGCCAUGCGGGAGCAGGCGGCCGCCGUCACCCGCGAUUACCUCUCCCAGCCCCGCCUCACAUAUAAAACAGUAUCUGGAGUUAAUGGACCACUCGUAAUCUUGGAUCAAGUGAAGUUUCCCAGGUAUGCAGAGAUUGUGCAUUUGACACUGCCCGAUGGAACAAAGAGAAGUGGACAAAUCCUAGAAGUCAGUGGAUCCAAAGCUGUAAUUCAGGUGUUUGAAGGAACUUCGGGAAUCGAUGCUAAGAGAACAUCUUGUGAAUUCACCGGGGACAUCCUUCGAAGCCCGGUGUCCGAAGAUAUGCUUGGACGUGUGUUUAAUGGCUCAGGAAAACCUAUCGACCGAGGUCCUGUAGUCUUGGCUGAAGACUACCUUGAUAUUAUGGGUCAGCCUAUCAAUCCUCAGUGUCGAAUCUACCCAGAAGAAAUGAUCCAGACUGGCAUUUCUGCUAUCGAUGGGAUGAACAGUAUUGCCAGAGGCCAGAAGAUCCCCAUUUUCUCGGCUGCGGGGUUGCCCCAUAACGAGAUAGCGGCUCAGAUCUGUCGCCAGGCAGGCUUGGUGAAGAAAUCCAAAGAUGUGGUGGACUACAGUGCUGAGAACUUCGCCAUUGUAUUUGCUGCAAUGGGAGUGAACAUGGAAACAGCCCGAUUUUUCAAAACCGACUUUGAAGAAAAUGGGUCCAUGGACAAUGUGUGCCUGUUCUUGAAUUUGGCUAACGAUCCGACCAUUGAACGGAUAAUCACUCCUCGCCUUGCGCUGACCACAGCAGAGUUCUUGGCUUAUCAGUGUGAGAAGCACGUGCUGGUCAUUCUGACAGAUAUGAGCUCCUACGCAGAAGCUCUGAGAGAGGUCUCAGCUGCCAGAGAAGAAGUCCCAGGCCGGCGGGGUUUUCCUGGCUACAUGUACACAGAUUUGGCCACAAUCUAUGAGCGAGCUGGACGAGUAGAAGGCAGGAACGGGUCCAUUACACAGAUUCCCAUUCUUACUAUGCCCAAUGAUGACAUAACGCAUCCUAUUCCUGAUUUGACGGGAUAUAUUACCGAAGGCCAAAUCUACGUAGACAGACAGCUGCACAACCGACAGAUUUACCCACCCAUCAAUGUACUUCCCUCUUUGUCUCGAUUGAUGAAAUCUGCUAUUGGUGAAGGAAUGACCAGAAAGGAUCAUGCUGAUGUAUCAAACCAGCUGUAUGCCUGCUAUGCCAUUGGAAAGGAUGUCCAAGCCAUGAAGGCCGUAGUAGGAGAAGAAGCACUUACUUCUGACGAUCUUCUGUACCUUGAAUUUCUGCAGAAGUUUGAGAGGAACUUCAUUGCUCAGGGGCCCUAUGAAAACCGCACUGUUUACGAAACGCUGGAUAUUGGAUGGCAGCUGCUACGUAUUUUCCCCAAGGAGAUGCUGAAGAGAAUUCCCCAGAGCACCUUGGCAGAAUUUUAUCCCCGAGACUCCACCGCAAAACAUUAGCUUGCACCCUGUUGCUCCCCCAAAAAUACUGGAUUUUUUUUUCUUUCCCUUGUGUUGGUGUUUACUUGUCAGCCCCUGUAAUUAAACCAAGAAUAAGUGACA